AUGGCCACCACCACACAACCUUCGCACACUCGCGACUUGUCAAUUACAAGAUUGGAAUGCGACAUUAACCCCAAUUUCUCUUUCCCAGUGCCUCACACAAGGUCUCAGUCGCUUCUUCCGACUCUCACGUUCCCUCAGAUGGCAUCAAAUAACUCAUUAUAUCCUCCCCGACGUGGCUCAGUACCGCCUAGCAGCACUGGACUUUUGGUUUCUUUGAACAACCGACCAAAGUCGAGUUCUUCCGGAUACACUCUUUCCUCGGUUUCGUCAAAGCAGUCAAACGAGCGACCUACACUUACAGGAGGACUCAGGCCCGGUCACAGGACAAUUGCCAGCGGAACAGUUCCAACAAUCGUUAACGCGAGCAUCAGCCCAGCAGGAGGUUCAAGGGAGGGAGGUCACCAGCGUGCAGGAAGUGAGAUGAUUGGAGGACCGCCUCUUAUGGCUACAAAGAAGGAGGAUCUCAUUCAGGUCCCAGGCACAUUAACUGAGAGGGCUAGGCCAUUCGUACCGCUUCCCCCAAGUGGAAUUCGCAGAGGUCACGCCCAUCGCAGGUCCGGGGCAAUCUCGAGCGGCGAUGUGUGGAGUCUUUUGAGCCAGAGUGCACCGAGUCUGCCGUUGGCGUGCACUGGUGGAGCUGGAAACCAGAGUGGUGUUGUUGAUGCUAGCGCUCAACCGAAAGGUAGCGCAGGCUCCAGCCCCCUUUUGAGUAAGAGUGCUCCUGUGAGCCCUGGCUUUACAGUUCCUUCUCCUCUCCCUUCACCAGCUAUCCCUGUUGUUGAGUCUAUGGGUGAGGCCGGCGACCGAAGAAGCCGCGUCCAUUUCAUUGAUCAUGUUGAAAUAAUCCCAGGGUCACCGACAGCCGAGUCUGUAAUCCCCAGUGCUCCUGUCGCCGCUGGUCACUCAGCAAAGGAUAGCAUCAGCAGCAUUGCAACUGUUAUCAAAGCGCCAGUUGUAGCUCUCCCACCUAUCAAUACCACAAUGGACGCCCCUGCAGCUGGUCGACGACCACACGGGCGAACAAGAAGCAACUCGCAAACCUUGAACUUGCCAACUGCCGCAUUGAGGGCCACUAGCGACCGACCUUCAACUGCAGGGGCUAUCUUAUCGUCCCCUGUUCUCAAGACUGCCCCGGAAAACUUCCCUGAAACCACUCCUUCGCUUAAACGCCCCGCUGCCGCCUCUCCUUCUAUUGACAGUGCUGAAAGCUCACCAACCAAGCCGGCUCAAAAGAAGACCCACAAAAAGGCUCUUAGUGAUUACUCACCGCUUGUUGGAAAGGCACCGUUUAGUAAACAUGAGAGUAUGUCUGCAGAUGAGAAAACCACCGACAAGAAAAAGAAGAAGAAGAAGGGCAAGAAGCAGAUCAAGAACUGGGCAGGUACAAUUCUCGGAAAGGGCAAAGGUCUCCGUCACACCACUAAGCGCCAGUCAUUGAGAGCACCUACACCGCCAGUACCUGGGUCAGAAAACCAAGUGCCUGGUGAAAAUGAAUGGGUUACCGCAGCGUGGAACGAGAACUACGUUCUCAUGGCCGUGGAUGACUCUGUUCACCCUGCUUCUAGCACUGAGAGCAUCGUCAUUGCGGAGACUACAGAAGGCCCCGUUAUCGAUUUAGACGCGGCCCUGAAGCCAUUCAAGACACCGGUUGGGCCUGCUGCUGGAUUCGCUGCAGCAAGGACAAGAAGGAUGCAUUCUGCGGUUGGGUUGAAGACGAAUGGAUACUUCCACCGACGAAGCGAGAGUAUGCCAGAGAUGACUCUCUUUUCUUUGGAGGAGGGUGAUGAUGAUGGCCACAUGGAUGACGUGUCUGAGGAGGACGAGAGUGAGGAAAGCGAGAGUGAGGACGAGGAAGGCAAGGGUGAGGGACUUGGCAUUGGAAUCAAGGUUGUUGACGAGGCCGAUGGCGCGAACUGGCAAGAGGGGAUUGAGAUGGAGUGGGGUUCUGAGGAUGCUGGUGACGAGAGGAGCAUGAGGAGAAACAGUGAGCCGGAGAGUGAGGAUUCAUGGAACGCACACCGAGCGUCGUUGUCGGUAUCCGUGGCCACUGUCAAGGCUGUCCGCAGCAUCUCUUCCAUGAACUCAUCAACAACAGAUUCCAACGUGGAGUCAGUAUCAGUCUCACCACGCAAAGGUGCUCCAGCCGAUAUCAUUACUUCGUCGUCUGUCUCCACCAUCACUGGAUCGAGCCCAUUUCUUUGCCCUCAUCCCUCAACGAACCCCCCUGACUCUCCCCUUACAUUUGUCACUGCAACAUCGAACCCCAACACACCAGUCUUGUCAGAUUUCGCCACAGACUACGCCGACUCUGCAACAAGCUUUGACAUCUACUCGGACUUCCUUGGUGAACCUGGCCCAGAGAUGAGGAUGAGCGUGGAUGACGUUCCUAGCCUCACUAGCUCAUCAAGCACAAUGACCAUGAGUGGCAUCUACCACAACAUGCCCGCAACACCGGUUCUAGGAAGUGUAGGAAGCCUACCCAUACCACCAGUCAAGGAAGGAAAGGAAAAGAAGGAAGGGAAAUCAAAAAGGUGGAGCAAAGUGUUCACCUUUUGGAAAAAAUAA